GAACACACAAAACAUAAGGCAAAGGAAAACCAGAAGAUGGCCUCCUCCUCUGCUUCCACUUCGGCUACUCUCACUCUAUCAUCGAUACACCUUCCUCAAGAACCAAAAUCAUCCCUCAUCUCUUCCUUCAGUUUCAAACCAAACCCCAAAACCAAGACUCUGGUUCUACAGUCGCAAUCAGAAUGCAUUAGACCCACGAAUUUGAAGUCCGGUUUCGGCAGUUUUACCUCUUCCAAGAAUUCUCCUUUUUUGGUUUCUGCGGUGGCUGCUGAAGCUGAUUUGGGUGAAAUUGAUGAGGAUGUUGAAGGUGGCAGUGUCGCUACUGCUCCUCCUCCUUCCCCUUCUAAACCUAAGAAAGGAAAAGCUGCUUUGCCUCUUAAGAGUGACAGGACUAGGUCAAAGAGAUUCUUGGAAAUUCAAAAGCUGAGGGAAGUAAAGAAAGAGUAUGAUCUCAAAACUGCAGUAUCAUUGCUGAAGCAAAUGGCAAGCACAAAGUUUACAGAAAGUGUAGAAGCACAUUUUCGUCUUAACAUUGACCCAAAAUAUAAUGAUCAACAACUCAGAGCAACAGUGAAUUUGCCCAAAGGCACAGGGCAAGUUGUUAGGGUUGCUGUUCUCACUCAAGGUGAAAAGAUAGAUGAAGCAAAAAAUGCAGGAGCAGAUAUAGUUGGAGGAGAAGACUUGAUAGAACAGAUUAAAGGAGGAUUCAUGGAAUUUGAUAAGUUGAUUGCAACUCCAGAUAUGAUGCCUAAGGUUGCUAGUCUUGGAAAGAUUUUGGGACCUCGUGGACUUAUGCCAAACCCUAAGGCUGGAACUGUUACAACCACUAUACCUCAGACAAUAGAGGAAUUUAAGAAGGGGAAAGUGGAAUUCAGAGCAGACAAAACAGGAAUUGUUCAUUUGCCAUUUGGGAAGGCGAGUUUUUCAGAAGAAGAUCUUACUAUAAACUUGCUUGCUGCAGUGAAAUCAGUGGAAACAAACAAGCCAACUGGAGCAAAAGGUGUAUACUGGAAAAGUGCACAUAUAUGUUCAUCAAUGGGGCCUUCAAUUCGGUUAGAUAUAAAGGACAUGCUUGAUUUUAAGCUUGCAUAGAAGGAAUAUGUCUAAAGAAUGUAAACCAUAGAUGUAAAUUAAAUCAUCUAAGCAAAAUAGGCGUAACAAUGGUUGAGAGAAGGAAGUGGAAGG